ACGCUUUUGGUUGCGUUUGGAAUCUGGAUGCCCAAAAUUAGACGGAGACACUCGGGAAGUCGUCUUUUCCCACUCACAGUCACCGCCUCGAGCUCCGAAUCGCUGAGAAGUCUGAGAGGUGAGGGUGGGGGUUAGGGUUUCAGGUGCGGAUGAUGGACUUCCAGAAGCGCCGGGUUCAACUCCUGCUCUUCAUCGCCGGUCUGAUAACCCUCAGCAUGACAGCUGAAAAAUUCAGGGAAUUUGUUGGAGAGGAAGCUUCAUCCAAAAGUGGGAAGUUUACAUUUUUAAAUUGCUUUGACAUGGGAUCUGGAAGUCUUGCCUGUGUGGUCAAAGAGGGGGUGAAGCUCUAUGUAUACAAUAUCAGAAAUGCACAUGUGGAAAGAGCAAGGCAACUAGCAACCGAGAUUGCUCUAACUGAGGCAUUGACAGAAGGUCUCAGCGCCAGUGUGGCCGCAAAGCAGGCCCAGAAAACUGGAGCAAAAGCUGCAAAGGAGGCUUCUAGGAAGGCCAAGCGCAUUUUAGGUCCAAUCUUAUCGUCGGGGUGGGAUUUUUUUGAAGCCUUGUACUUUGGGGGAACCAUGACAGAGGGCUUCCUCAGAGGGGCUGGCACCUUAUUUGGGACCUAUGCAGGAGGCUACCAUGGAGAGCAGAGACUGGGAAGAUUUGGUUAUCUUAUGGGCAGCCAUCUUGGUAGCUGGGUGGGAGGAAGGAUGGGCCUGAUGGUGUAUGAUAUUGUAAAUGGAAUUGACUACUUGCUCCAUUUUGUUCAACCAGAAGAAGAAACUAGCUCUGGUUCCGAAGAUGCAUAUAACUCAAGAGAAAAUGUCGACUAUGAAAACCCUAGUGAGCAAAACCCUGAAGCUUCUGAGGACUGGCGACUCUUCUGAAACAAUCAGUUAAGUUAGAUUCUAGUUAUUGGAGUCGUGUAUAAUAACUUUUCCUCAUAUUCCAUCUAUCAUUACUAUUUGCCUCCCUCCUGUUUGAGCAGGCAAUGAAAUGUCUGACAUUAUUAGUCAUGGGAUCCAUGGUGCAUAGAGUUUCUUAUUGCUAUUGAACUUAAAUUGUUGUAGCUGGUGACAGCAAUUAUAUGGUGGCUGAAGCCUAUCUUUUCCUUGUUUC